ACCCGUCAACAUUUUCCUAUCUUAGAAAAAGUCAUCAUCUUCCCUUCCCUUUCCUUCCUUCUUCUCCAUAAAUAAAUAAAAUACUUUUCCUUUUUCUUCCAAAACCCCUUUCACAACAAAAGCUGCAUUCUUCAAUUUCACCCUCUCUUUUUUUUUCCUCAUUUUAUGGAAUCAUCGUUGCCGGUGGAGGAGCUUACCUCCGGCGCAAGUGGCCGGAUAAUUCCUCUGUUUAAAAAUCUUCGCCGGUCAGUUUUCUCAUACGAAACUUUCCGGCGACUGAUAAUCUAUAUACAGUCCAUUUUUCUAUGGGUAAUUCUUCUGUCUCGCCGCCGGUUUUCCACGUCACCGUCGUCUCCUCCGCCUUCGCCGUCUGCAGCAACUACGUCGGUGUUGGGGAAGAGGAGGAAAUUUGCACUGCGGAGGGACGAAGAGGAUACGCAGAGAAGGAGGGCACUUGCUGAGGCGUUAGAUAUGGUCGUUGAGAAUGAUGGUUUCCGCUGCCGUUGGAAUACGUCUUUGUUCUUUGGAGCUCGUCGGAAUGCUUUGUUUUGCCGAUCGUGGAUCCCGGUCGCCGAUGAAUUGAGGGGCAUAAUUAUCAUCAUCCAUGGACUGAAUGAGCACAGUGGACGAUAUGCACAUUUUGCUAGGCAACUGAACUCCUGCAACUUCGGGGUGUAUGCAAUGGACUGGAUAGGACAUGGAGGGAGUGAUGGAUUACAUGGAUAUGUGCCAUCUUUGGACCAUGUCGUGGCAGACACAGGGGCUUUCUUGGAAAAGGUCAAGUUUGAGAACCCUGGUAUGCCAUGCUUCCUCUUUGGUCAUUCAACGGGAGGAGCCGUGGUCUUAAAGGCAGCUUCUUAUCCACACAUUGAAAACAUGCUGGAGGGCAUCAUAUUGACUUCACCAGCAUUGCGUGUGAAACCUGCAAAUCCUAUUGUUAGUGCUGUGGCACCAAUAUUUUCAUUGGUUGCACCUAGGUACCAGUUCAAAGGUUCUCACAAAAGGGGAAUUCCUGUUUCAAGGGAUCCUGCAGCGCUGGUGGCAAAGUAUUCUGACCCUCUUGUGUAUACUGGUCCCUUGAGGGUCAGGACAGGCCAUGAAAUUCUGCGCAUCUCCUCUUACUUGAUGCGGAACUUCAAGUCUGUCACUGUCCCAUUCUUAGUCCUCCAUGGAUCUGCUGAUAGAGUCACUGAUCCAUUGGCUUCUCAAGAUUUGUACAAUGAGGCUGCUUCUGAAUUUAAGGACAUUAAACUUUAUGAUGGAUUCUUGCAUGACCUUCUGUUCGAGCCUGAACGUGAAGAAAUUGCCCAGGAUAUCAUUGAUUGGAUGCACAAGAAGUUAGCUUCUGGCAAUCUUGCAAAUGUGUAUAGUCAGUGCUAGCUUUCUGAAUAGUUAGUGUUUUGAUUGAUCAAGGGUUUCAAGGGGUGCUGUUAUAUUUAUUUAUUUGAUCAGUUAUCCCAUCAUUAGCUUCCUUCUUCUCCAAUGGAAUCAGAAAGAUGAUUCCAAUUAUCCAAAGCUUGUAUAGUUGUAGUAGUAAAAAUUAGAAGAUUCCCGGUGUUGCUCUCUUGGUUGAUUGUUCUUUGACCAGUACUAUGUAUUCUAUGAAUACAACACAAUCUUCUCUAGAACUGAUAUGAUUGAUAAAGAUGAUUCAAAUGUGCAUGAAGCUCCCAUAAGCAUCUUAUUAAAUGUGAACCUUUGGAACAGAUUACAACAUUUCAUUUCAAUUGCAAUAUAAUGUUUUAUGAAA